CAGACACACCUAAACAGGGAUCUAAUUCACUUCAUUGCAGGCAAACAACAGAGUAAUGGUAGACGAAAUGAAGGAGAUAGGAGCCUCCUGGGAGGAACUAACCAUACCUGAUGAGUACUUGGAGCCUUAUGUGGAAGACAGAGCUGAGCUGAAUGGGAGUAUUGGAAAGGACAUUUCUACUGCCACAGAGGAAAACCUCAAAGACAAGUCAGUGAAAUGCAGCCCAAACCUGCUGCAGGUGCUGAAGGCAGCAGAGAGCAGGUGGCCACUUUAUAGUCAGGACAGAGACAAGUCAGAGGCACCUGAUUCUGGGACAAGAGAGCUGAUUACUGAGGCUCUGAAGACUAACAUGCAAAUACAGUUAAAUCAGCAGAAACAAGAAUUCAACAAACGUCUCACCAAGGCUGGUCAUCGCCCUCUGUCUCGAUCCAGGUCACAGUCAUCUAUAGAUAGCAUCAAUUCAGUGAGCAGCAAGAGCUCUGAGGAUGAGUCAUCUCCCCAAGACAAGCUACAGAAGACAUCAAAAGGCCUGUCUGACUUCUGCAUCAAAAACAUCAAACAGGCUGAAUUUGGACGCAGAGAAAUAGAGAUUGCACAGCAAGAAAUGCCAGCACUGAUGAUACUGAGGAAAAGAGGAGGUGGGGAAAAACCUCUGGCUGGAGCCAAAGUAGUGGGCUGUACACACAUCACUGCACACACAGCGGUGUUGAUUGAGACUCUAGUUGCACUGGGAGCACAGUGUCGAUGGGCAGCCUGUAACAUCUUCUCCACCCAGAACCCUGUGGCUGCUGCACUGGCUGAAAGAGGGAUCCCAGUGUUUGCAUGGAGGGGAGAAUCAGAGGAUGACUUCUGGUGGUGUAUUGAUAGAUGUGUUGCUGCUGAUUCUUGGCAGCCCAACUUGAUUCUGGAUGAUGGCGGUGACAUGACCCACUAUAUCUAUAGGAAGUAUCCAAACCUGUUCACAGAGAUCAGAGGCAUUGUGGAGGAGAGUGUGACAGGUGUCUAUCGGUUGUACCAGCUGUCACAGGUAGGCAAACUGUAUGUUCCUGCCAUGAACGUUAACGACUCUGUGACCAAGCAGAAAUUUGACAGCCUUUACUGCUGCAAGGAGUCCAUCCUGGAUGGGUUAAAGAAAACUACUGACGUUAUGUUUGGAGGAAAGCAGGUAGUGGUGUGUGGAUAUGGUGAGGUUGGCAAAGGCUGCUGUGCUGCCAUGAAAGCGCUGUGUGCCGUUGUAUACGUCACAGAAGUGGACCCUAUUUGUGCCCUUCAGGCCUGCAUGGAUGGCUUCAGAGUGGUAACAGUGAGUGAAGUCAUCACACAGGUAGACAUUGUCAUCACCUGCACAGGAAAUAAGAAUGUGCUGGGGAGAGAACAUUUUGACAAAAUGAAAAGUGGUUGUUUAAUCUGCAACAUGGGACACUCAAACACUGAGAUGGAUUUGGCGAGUCUGCAUACUGCAGAGCUGAAGUGGGAGCAAGUGAGGACUCACGUGGACCAGGUUAUCUGGCCUGAUGGCAAGAGAGUUGUCCUGCUGGCUCAGGGUCAUUUGCUGAAUCUGAACUGCUCCACCGUGCCCUCAUUUGUCGUUUCUAUCACAGCCACAACUCAGGCCUUGGCUCUAAUAGAGCUGUACAGCGCUCCGCAGGGGCGAUACAAACAGGAUGUCUACCUGCUGCCAAAGAAGAUGGAUGAAUAUGUUGCAAGUCUUCACCUGCCAAUAUUUGAUGCUCACCUCACCGAGCUGACUAGUGAUCAAGCAAAGUACCUGGGCAUCAGCAAACAUGGACCCUUCAAACAAAAUUACUACAGGUACUAAGUUGCCAAGAUGAACUGAUGCGCCUUGCAAAGCCAUCAGCCCUGCAGGUGGAGCUCUGACGCCCUCUACAGUCAAUGACAUGAUGAGCACAUCAGUUUUACUUUUCUGUCUUUAUUUGUGGUUGCAUCUUAUGUAUUAACUCUGAUGCAAGUUUUAAAUAUUAUCAAUAUUAAAAAUGAUAUCACAUCUUAAGUUUGAAUUAAAAUAUGUAAGGGUUCAAAUGAAAAGACAAACAGGAAGCAGCUCAGUCUGAGCCUCCACAAAGACUGGAUCUUGACUACUUUUACUCACUAGGGGGCAUAAGACUACUAUUAUCAUUGGGACAUAUAAGUAAUAGUCCUAAAACUUUUCCUUCUCCGUACUAAAGGCAUUAUUCCUUCAGUCCUACUGUAAACAUACAACAGCAUUAAUUGAUAGUAAGUAGUUCUCCUCUGUAUAUGUGUACAUCUGUAUUCAUCAUGUUGGGACAUAAACUUCUUCACAAAAUCACUCUGUGGGGAAAUGACUCCUUUUUGUGGACAAAAGAAUCCAUCAAUUAAAUCCUAACAUUUUUAGCACAGUGGUUCCCAGUCUUUUUCUGCUGGGCCUCCUUUUCCUCGACAACAAUGUCAAGCCCCCAUCCCACCACCACUACCUUGUGCAUCCUAGAGUUUACAAUAAAAUGCAUGAAGAAAUGUACCAUGAAACAGCAUUGU